UUUACUUCAUUCAUCAAACAUGGUAUGGUCAAGAACCCGGUUUUGGGAAACUUUGUCAUUUUGAUCCAUAACUAACUCUUUCUUCCCUUGAUUUCUAACAUCUUUAAACACGAUUCCCAGCAUGAAAUCAAGCAACAAAUCCAUAAGUUUUACCCUAGAAUAAUUUAUAGGGCUUAGGGUAUUUUCUUGGAGAAAUGAAGAAGAUGCAACCAUGGUUUCUUACCUCUUCAAGCUGUCCCCUCCCUAUUCUCCAACUCUCAAAGCCUUAGCUACCUUAAUUUCCAGAUUUUUGGGAUGUUGGAAGAUGGUGCUGGUGAUGGUUUGGAAGAGAAGGGAAGGAAAUGGAAGAUGAGAAAGAAGAGAGGGACAGAGCAUAUUUUGUCUCCUGCAAAGUCCCUAUAUAACACUCUUCUUCUUCAAUCCACAACCUCCACUUGGCACCCCUAUCAGCAUUCACUCCUCCAAUUUUAUUUUCUCUCCAAUUUAGUCCUUAAAAUUUGAUAAACCACCAAAAUAACUUACUAAUCUCUCCUAAAUCACCAUAAUCAUUCAAUUCCCGACGUAAGGGACAAUACAAUUAUUCGCGUCAUUAAUGACGUUAUUAUAAUAAAAUUAUGCUUAUGAGGGUAAUGAUGUUACACUAUAAGGUGUCUAGGUACUUUUGCACCCUUUGCCAUUUAAAUCGCCCAAGACCUGUUGCGUCUAAGUAAUCAAAGUGCCUAAGAAAGUAGCGCCCGAUAAUUAUUUUGUACUUUACUCGGUGUUGGAAAUGACAAGUUCGUGUGCGGUCACACUAAAAAUAGUAACAACAGCAAACUCAAAUGCAAUUGAAAUAACCAUAGUGAAAUAUGAAGCAUGAAUAUUAUAAGUAUGUCAAGUUGCCAAAAUGAUGUUUUGAAGGAAAAGUAAGAGUAAAAAGUAAACAAGUCUGGCAUUCACUAGCUUGUCUAACGCUCAUCCCUUCGCAUCAUUCACGUGUUGCACGUCCUCUUCUUUCGAGAUCUUGCAUCAUUCUACAAAGUUGACUUAUUCAUAGUUAAGUAUACAGCAUACUCAUUUCACACCUUCUUGUGUUCACCAUAAAGCGUCAUUUCAAGAAGAGAGGCAAAUUUGGCAUCUUCCAGUUGCGCUUUGUCGCACUGCCUGAUAAGUUCUUGGCACAUGUGUGCACUAUUGAGACUGUCAUUCAGUGUGCUUGUGGACUUAAAACACUCCAUAUUUUCUGCAAUUAAGUGCUCCUUCUCCUAGGUGGCAAUUUCUGCAAACAACAUCUUUAAAGAGUACAAAGUGUUAGUAAUUAUACAAGUACUUAAUCAAUGAGUAGACAACAUGGUUUAGCAGUUUACCUGUGCUCCCAUUCGAGCUACCUCCUUCCAUGGGUGAGACCCACCAAUCCUAUUAGAUAAUUAAUAGUAUUUUAAUAGGUUUGAAUAAUAUAAAAGAAUCUAAAAAAGGUUUGGAUAAAAAUAGGCAUUACCCUUGUGGGGGUAGGGCAUGGAAUGCUGCUCAGGCCAUUAGUCUCUGUGACUUUGUUCAUGAUUUGGUUCUCCAUGACCCUGGUUAUCAAGAGGAUCAAUUCACGUGGACGAAUAAGCGCAUGGGUGCGGCGUGCAUUCAGGAACGUCUGGAUAGGGCGCUUUGCUCCCAAUCCUGGAUUGAUACAUUUCCUGAGACUUUGGUCAAACAUUUUACGGACCAGGGAUCGGAUCAUCAUGCCCUUCUUCUCGCUGAUAAACCGUAUUGUCAGACUAGUCGUCCCCUAUUCCGGUUUGAUGCCCGCUGGGCGGAUAAUCCGCAGGUUAGGGCUAUGGUCCACUAUGUCUGGCAAGAGGAGAUCCAAGGUACCCUUAUGUUUCGACUUUGGGAGCGCCUGAAGAAUCUUCGCCAUCUAUUUUAAGAUUGGAGCAGGGCGGGCACUACGAAUUCCCUACACAAUAUCAGAAAUCUCCCGGCUGAGAUUGAUCGGAUAAAGUCGAUCCAUCCGGUGGACUGGGAUGAGAUCAAGUCCCUGGAAACGAAGCUAUCCCGUCAGUGGGAAGCGGAGGAGGUAUACUGGUAGCAAAAAUCCAGGGUACGAUGGUUAAAAAAAGGAGAUCAAAACUCUUCCUAUUUCCAUACGGUCACUCGGGCUCGGCGGAAAAGGAAUUUUGUUUCUGGGCUCCCAAAUGAUGAGGGUGACUGGGUCACUAAGUAAAAUGGGAAGGCUACUAUUGCGACCAACUUUUACCAUACUAUGUUUACCACGGAGACCCAGGUUCCUAAUAUGAUGGAUAGGGUGGCGAAUCUUCCGAUUGCCCAUAGUGAUACUCCGCAGAUGAAUGCGCAAUUUACAGCGGAGGUUCUGCCUAGUGAGGUUCGGAGAACGGUCUUUUCAGUGGGAUCGCAGCAACCAUCGGGAUCGGAUGGCUUCACAGGAAAGUUCUUCAUAAGCAUUCUGGGAUAUUGUGGGCACUUCGGUGAUUGAAGCAAUAGUUUCCUUCUUUACAACUAGUGGGAUGCUGCGGAGUUUUAAUCAUACCUAGCUCACUUUGAUUCCUAAAGUGGAUUGUGUGGAAACAAUCAGACAGUUGCGGCCGAUCAGCAUCUGUGAAUUUGUUUAUAAAGUGAUAACCAAAAUCAUGGUUGAACGGCUCGCUAGUCUGCUCCCUCAGAUUAUCAUGGAGGGUCAGAAUGCGUUUAUAAGAGACCGGCAGAUUAUUGAUAACAUCCUUAUAGGACAUGAGUUAUUGCAUUAUCUAAAAAUAAAGAAGGGGUACUUGGCUUUAAAGGUUGACAUCGAAAAAGCCUAUGAUAGAGUCGAAUGGCCCUUCUAGCGGUUUUGGACAAAAUGGAUUUUAACUCUGUCUGACAAGGAUGGAUACAUGAGUGUUUUCGUUCCUCCUCAUUCUCGGUUCUGAUGAAUGGUACACCCUCGGGUUAUUUCACUGCCUCUAGGGGGCUCCGCUAGGGGGAUCCGCUCUCUCCCCCUUGUUUGUGCUUUGCACGGAGGGGUUUGCGGCCCUCCUUCGGAAGGCGAUCUCAGAGAAGAAACUAGAAGGGGUGAAGGUGGCGCCUCGUGGUCCAAGAAUCUCUCAUUUGUUCUUCGCAGAUGAUUCUUAUUUAUUCCUGCGAGGAUCUCUUCAGGAGUGCGAGAAUUUAAUUGUGGUUCUGAAUGAAUAUGAGGAACUGAGUGGCCGACGGGUUAAUCUGGAGAAAUCUGCGGUGUGCUUUAGCAAAAAUAUUGCCCUGCCAGAUCAGGAUUUCUUGGCCAUGAUCUGGGUUGGUGCAGUGGGUGUCCAUGAUAAAUAUCUGGGGUUACCCACGCUGGUUGCCAGAUCAAAAAUGGCCACGUUCAUAUAUUUGGAAGAGAAACUAAUAAAGCGACUUCAAGGUUGGAAGCAAUAGUCGUUGUCCUGGGCGACUAAGGAAACAUUGAUUAAAUCCAUAGAGUUGGCCCUACCCUUGCACGUUAUGUCAUGUUUCCGGCUUCCCUCUCUCUUUGUCGACUACUUGAUAGACAUGUGGCCCGUUUCUGGUGGGGUGCUAAGGAGGACCAUCCUAAGGCUAGAUGGGUGUCCUGGAAUAAUAUGUGCAAGAGUAA